GAUCACGGAUUUAUAUACAAGAUUUCCUUGGUUUAGUCCAACCCAACGGAAUUCCCCAUCUACGACUACGACUCUCUUUUUGUCUCUCACCUUUCGCCGUCUUUACCAGCAGCCAUGGCUCGUCGCAGCUCCGGAGGAAGGUCUGCCUCUCGUCCAGCUCCUCGAUCAGCCCCAGCACGUAACCCUCCACAGACCGUUAACCAUGCUCCUCCUCCCGCACCUGCUCAGGGUGGCAGUGGUGGAUCUAUGCUCGGAGGCAUUGGUUCAACCAUAGCUCAGGGCUUGGCUUUUGGUACUGGAAGUGCAAUGGCUCACAGGGCUGUAGAUUCAGUGAUGGGCCCUCGCACUAUUCAACAUGAAACUGUGGCAUCCGAGACUGCUGCUCCAGCACCCACCACAAAUAGUCUUGGUGGAUCUGAUGGAUGCAAUAAUCACUACAAGGCUUUCCAAGAUUGUAUAAACAGCUCUGGAAGCGAUAUCAGCAAGUGCCAAUUCUACAUGGAUUUGUUGUCUCAAUGCAGGAAUAACUCCGGCUCUACGAUGAGUGCCUAAGUGCUAUUGCAUGGUCCACUAUGCACUGAAUGGAUCAUCAGCUUUUCCCUUUGCUUCAAUUGUGUGGAUUUUAUGCUUUAUGAAGAUGAUGAUGAAGCUGUCUGUGAGCUCAUAUUAAUAAACUCAAUUAUUGGGUCUCCUGAACAAGGAGUUUGAACUACUUUAUGCUACAUAAAUGUUGGAUCUUGGGAUCUUUAAUUUAAUGUUAUCUUGUUGUUAGACUGCACUGGUUCUGGUGAUGUUUUGCCUAUUGGACAAUGAUAGCUCAUUGUAAUAUUAUUUACUUUUUGGCCUCU